UCUCCCUGACCCGCCCAUUCGCCGCUGCUGCCUGAGCUCGGUCAGGUGUUCUUUGUACAGCGACGUAAACUUUGCAUUUGGAAAACUGAUUGGAUUUUGUGUGGGGACAAACACAGCGAGGCCAUGCUCAGACGGAUACUUCAAAUGACUCCUGGGAAGGGAGGCUCCCAGAAUGCAGAGUCAGAGCAGCCCAGCACAGACCUUAACCAUGAUCAGACGUCUGAGGGCUUCAUCUGCCCUCAGUGCAUGAAGUCUCACAACUCUGCAGAGGAGCUGUUCAAACACUAUGAGCUGUUCCAUGACACCGGAGACCUGCCCGCUCAUAUGGCCCCCACUCGGGAAGACCUUACAAUGCUGCGGCAAGAGGUUCAGGACCUGCACGCUUCACUCAAGGAGGAAAAGUGGUUCUCUGAAGAGCUCAAGAAGGAGUUAGACAAAGUCCAAGGACAACUGAAGCAAAAUGACGGACAGGUGACCUCAGAGGAUUCAGCCCUUGAAAGGAAGUUGAACGAGGCAGAGACAGAAAAGUUCAACAUCAAGCAGAUGAAAGACCUGUUUGAGCAGAAAGCUGCCCAGCUGGCCACAGAGAUAGUAGACAUAAAGUCCCGCUAUGAUGAGGAGAAGAGCCUAAGGGAGGCUGCUGACCAGAGGCUGAGCAAACUGACCGAACAGCUACAGAAGGAGAAGCAGGAGAACGAGAGGCUCCAAACAGAACUGCUGCAGCGACCAGGAGUGGAGGAUGUGGAGGUACUGCAGAAGGAGCUGGUGCAGGUCCAGACACUGAUGGACAACAUGACUCGAGAGAGGGAGGAUGAAUCUGAACGCCUCAAAACCCACUACGAGCAACUGCAGGCUAAUUACACUACCUCAGAGAUUCGUAAACUGGAGAUGACCAUAUCCCAACUCAAAGCAGAGCUGGAGAAGGGUCCACAGGAAGCGGCUGUCUACACACAACAGAUCCAUGAGCUGCAGAGCAAUCUGAAUAAUUUGCAGCAGCAAAGCCAGAGCCUGUCUGAAAAGCUUGCACGUAAGGAGAAAGAGUAUCAGGAACUGGAGGAGCGUCUGGGAGCUGAGAAGUCUGCCAGGAAAGGAGCCCAAAGCAGCCUGAGAGAGAGGGAAUCAGAGGUUCAAGAGCUCCAGGCUCGGGCCACAGGGGCUGAGGCCUCCCUGCAGAAGGCCCAGACGGAGCUUGGAGAGAAGACCGAGGAGGUGGCAAAGUUGAAGAAUGAGAUUACUGAGCUGGAGGUGAAGCACGCAGAGCUGAAGGUUGAGAGGAAACAGUUGGAACAACAAAGGGAAGAAAAAGACAGCCAGGGUGCUCAGCAGCAGACGGAGAUCAGUCAGCUGCACGCCAAACUGCUGGAGGCUGAGAGGCAGCUCGGCGAGGUGCAAGGCCGCCUCAAAGAACAGAGGCAGCUGUCUGGGGAGAAGCUGAAAGACCGUGAGCAGCAAGCAGCCGACCUGCAGCUCAAACUGUCACGUGCAGAAGAACAGUUAAAGGAGAGUGCCAGUAAGAAUACAGACUUGCAGCACCAGCUGGAGAAAGCCAAGCAGCAGCACCAGGAGCUGCAGGCACUGCAGCAAAACACCAACGGCAAACUCCGUGAAGCACAGAAUGACCUGGAGCAGGUGCUGCGUCAGAUUGGAGAUAAGGACCAGAAGAUCCAGAAUCUGGAGGCUCUGCUGCAGAAGAGUAAGGACAUUGUGAGCCAGCUGGAAACCGAAAGAGAGGACUUGUGCGCCAAAAUCCAGGCCGGGGAGGGAGAGACGGCUUUGCUUAACCAGCUAAAAGAGAAAAACCAUGCACUACAAGAACAGGUCACACAGUUGACAGACAAGCUGAAGAACCAAUCAGAGAGCAACAAGCAAGCCCAGGAUAACCUACACGAGCAGGUCCAGGAGCAGAAGACCCUGGUACGUUCAGCCCAGGACCGAGCCCAAACCCUGGAGACCUCCGUCACUGAACUCACUGCCCAGCUCGCAGACAGCAAGGAGAAAGUAGCCCAGCUGGAUGCUCAGCUGAAGGCAAAGACAGAGAUGCUGCUGUCUGCAGAGGCAGCCAAGGCUGCACAGAAGGCGAACCUGGAAAACAACCUUGAGACUGCUCAGCAUGCACUGCAGGACAAGCAGCAGGAGCUGAAUAAAGUUCAGAAGAAGGUGGAGGAGCAGGCCCAAAGGCUCAAGGAGAGACAGGAACAGUGCACACAGCUGGACGCAAGUCUAAAGGAAUGCAAAGACAAGCUAAUGGCCUCAGAGCAGCGUACAGAGCAGCUGGAGGGGCUCAAUAAGAAACUGGAGUCACAGGUUGGGGAGUUGCAGACCACACGUGACCAGGUGCAGAAAGAAGUGCAGAAGCUGCAGAAGGAGGGGUCACAGGUCAAACAGAAAGCCAAGGAGCUGCAGCGCUCACUGGAAAUGGAGAAAGCAGGGGCUACAACACUACAGGAGGAACUGAAGAAAAAAGCAGCUGAUUUGAGUGACAUUCAGCAGCAGCUGGAGCGCAGUGAGCAGGACAAAGCUGCUCUGAAGGUGAACCUGGACAACGUGACCCAGGAGGGAAAGACUAAACAUGCAGAGCUGGACAAAAAGGCUCAGAGUCUGACAGCAGACUUACAGAAGGCCCAACAAGAGAAAGAGGCUCAAAAGAAGGAGCUUGCCUCUUUGCAGGAGAAUCUAGGAAAGGCUAAUAAGGCACUGAAAGAGAGUCGGAGUCAACUGGAUACCGAGAGGAAGAACCAUAAGUCAACAAUGGAAGAGAAGGAAAAGUCCAAUGAGAAGGCCAGACAGGAGCUUCUGAAGAAUAACGAGGCCAUGACCAAGGCAAUGAAAGAAUCUAAAGAGCAGUUGGGGCAGCUAGGAGAGGCAGAGAACAAGUUGAAAACGCAGCUGACCACGCUGGAGCAGCAGCACUCAAAGACUCAGGGGGCACUGAAGGAAAAAGAGAAGGAGCUGGAGAAGCUGCGGGCACAACUCAAGACGGCCCAGGGGUCGUUUGAGGAGGAGACGAAGAAACUGAAGGGGCAAGUGGCAGAGUUACAAGAAGUUAAUGUCAAGAAGACGGAAGAGGAGAGUAAGCUGAAGGCACAGGUGUUGGGGCUUGGCCAGGAGCUGGCCUCUCAGAAGAGUGGGAUGACAGAGCUGCAGAAGACCUUGGAGCAAAGCCAGGAAAGCUUCACUAAGCUUCAGUCUGACUUCUACGGCAAAGAGUCCGAGGUCUCUGCCCUGCGUCAAGACCUGAAGGUGUCAGAGGAGAAGCUGACCUUAGCUCAGGAAGAGCUGGCUGCUAACCGCACCCAUCAGACAGGUUUAGAGGCUCAGAUCCAGGAUCUGCAGAAGGGUCGUGGCUCGUUGGAGCAGGAGCUGGCAAAACGGGACCAGAAGCUCCAACAGCAAGACAAAAUCCUGAAGGAACUACAGAAACAACAGGGUCACAUAAAAGAGGAGCUGGAGAAGGAGAAGAGUAAAGUGGAGGAACUGAACAAAGCUAAGAGUGUCCUGGAAAAGAAUAACACCCGACUGAAUUCUGAAUUAAAAGCACUGACGGAGAAGGGCGAGAAGGAGCUGGGUGAGUUGCGGGAAGCCAAACAGCUGUUGAUCCAGCAGAAACUGGAGCUGCAGGGUCAGGUGGAGGCUGCACAGAAGACCCUGGAGCAGGAGCAGAAGGAGCACGAGGCCACCAAGGACAGCAGGACUCAGAGAGAGGAGCAGCUCCUUGCACAUACCAGGGAUAUCCAGGAUCAGUUGGUGGCAGAGAAGAAAGCAAGAGAAGAGCAGGUGAAGCGCGGGGAGGAGGCAGAAGCUAAGAUGGGUGUGCAGGUGACGGCUCUGAAUGAAAACGUGGCCACGCUGAAGAGAGAGUGGCAGGGCAGCCAACGAAGAGUCGGCGAACUGGAGAAGCAGACGGAUGAGCUGAGAGGAGAGAUCGCUGUGCUGGAGGCCACCGUCCAGAACAACCAGGAUGAGAGACGGGCUCUUCUGGAGAGGUGUGUGAAGGGUGAAGGCGAGAUAGAGAAACUGCAGGCCAAGGUGGUGGAGCUGAGGAGGAAGCUGGAUGACACGACGGCAGCCAUGCAGGAGCUCGGCAGAGAGAACCAGUCGCUCCAGAUCAAGCAGUCCCAGAGUCUGACCAGGAAGUGGGCCGAGGAUCAUGAGGUGCAGAACUGCAUGGCCUGUGGGAAAGGCUUUAGUGUCACUGUCAGGAAGCACCAUUGCAGACAUUGCGGCAACAUCUUCUGUGCAGAGUGUUCAUCAAGGAACGCCCUCACACCGUCCUCUAAAAAGCCAGUACGGGUGUGUGAGACAUGCUUUGAGGAGCUCCAAGGCUGAUUUUCCCCCUCAUCCCUUCACCUCCCCUAAACCCCCUCACCCCGCUUCCCCCCUUCCCCUCCACUUCCUCCUUCAGCGGGCAGAAGAAGAUGUGUCUUUGUCAUAUUUAAUGUGCACUAUUAAGGACAGACCCAGUGCAAAGACUCCCACCUGCAUGUGACUCCUGGCUCUGGCGUGGAGGGAAACAGCUGAAGUGUUUUAAUGAGGAGACGCCAGAGCAGCGCUAUGGGAUCGGGGGUGGGACUGGUUGGGAUUGUCUGUAUCUGUUUUUGUGCCUUUGCUACUCCUGUGGACUGCCAGAGAGCGGAGACAGCGAGAACUAAACACCAUCCAUCUCUUUACGUUUAUGUUCACAUCUCCAUCGUUGUUUGGCAUCACUAGCACGUGCAAGGUGGUUUGCUGUGUGUGUCGUAAGAUGUUUGGCAUCAGCUGUGUGGAGGUGUAAGGUCAGUGUGAGUGGGGGAUGUUAAUGUUGUAAUGGUGAUGUUGAAAAUCACUGCUGCCCUACAAAGGUUAAUGCAGGUAACUUUUGUGAAGAAAAGAAAACUUGUAAAUACCCAGUGUGACAUAUUUUCUGUGUAUAACUGAACCAAUCUGAUCACUUACUAAGAAAAGAACAGAUUUUUAUAGGAAGGACUCAAGUCAUCAAGAAUAUUUUUGGAUAUUGGUUUCGUUUUACUGUCUGAUGUGUGUAAUGACGUGAAUAGAAAAGUGUGUUGAGGUCGUUUUUUGUUUUCCAGAGACACAUUUCAAAUUUGUUUUCAGGAAAUUAUUAUUUGUGCUUUGACAGAUUCAUUUGGCCCCAAAACAAUGCAACUAACACUUAGCUGAAGUUUUGAUGUGACGUUUUGUGGACAGGAUUUCAUAAAAGUGUAAGGUAGAGAUUUUAAAUUCAAGUACAUGCAUUAUUUUUUUCUAAAUUCACAUAAGUUAAGAGCAUCAGAUCCUUCUGUUAGCGUUGUGUUGUGUGGUACAGCACAGCAAAUCUUCAAAUGUAAGAAGAAAGACUGCCCUAAAGAAACCAAUCCAUCAGUCGAUUUAUGCACCAGCGAUUCUCUGUACAGGCCGUGACGCCCAGUCAGUUACUGCAUGUUUCCUUUGUGCGGCAGCACGUUUGUGUAUUUGUUGAAUUUGAUGUAUUCAGCCUAAUCCAUGACCAAAGAAUGUCUGCAGCAGGAAUACAGCCGAGAUGAAAACCCUGAGCUUGUUUCAUAUUUCAGUAUUUUUCUAAGCGUCUCUUUGGAAGCGUUUGAGUUUUAAAUCACAGGGUCCUACAUUUUUAUCUUGAACACAGCAUGUAUGACGACCUUAGAGGCUUUUAUGUACAUUCAGUCUUGCUGUGCCACGUUUCUCUUUGCGUGUUCAUAUUAUUUUUGCAAAUUGUGGUGCUUUCCGCAGACUGUUAAUGCAGUCAUCGAAGGUGCCUGCAUGUUUAUUUUUUAAGUUUUAUUUUCCUGCUGCUUGUCUGCGCUCAGCAGCACUGACUACUGCUGGAGAUGUGUGUGCGUGCGCGUGUGCUCUGCUUUGAAGCAAUAACUGUGGCUGUGUGUGAUGUUGCUGUAACAGAGUCUGUGUUUUAGUGUUUAGGCCUGCUGUGUGUGUCUGCCAAGUUGCACCGUAUGAACGUUGGCUGCUCAGAACCUCAGUAUCUCUCCGGCAAGGUGUGUGCCGGUGCUGCUUUCAGGUGCCGCGGUUGCUGUCGGUUCUCUAUCCAACCUGUGUGCAGCUGAGGACACUGUAAAAGUUCAUUCCUGCUUUGUAUAAUUUAUCAUGUGUUGACAGAUAUCGGUAAGAUCUUCUGUGCAAUUGUCUAAAGACUGGAGCAGGCGGAAACACUGUAUGCCAGGUGACAAUGCAGGCAGUUUUGGCACUUUGCAACAAGCAGCUUGUUUCAGACUUUGGCUUACCAAAUUAGCUCUUAAUGCUCGUGCACUCAAAAAACAACGUCCAUCUCAGUCGCAAGCUCUCAAGAACACCUGUCUCUUUUUGUGUUGCAUUGGUUUUGUUAUGUCUACCUCAGAUUGGCACAGGAAAAGCACUAUUUCUUAACCUUAGAGAUCACAAAUAUUUUGUCAUUGCCUGCAUUUGAUCGAGGAUUUGUGAUUUAUCUAUCAAGCUGUACAGUCCCUUAAAAAACCAGAGAGAUGAUUUGCACCUUAUUGUAUUCUGGGCUCGUCCGUGUAAGAACCCAGCCACAAAUGUAGGACCACCAACUUUAUACAAGCUUCAGCAUUUCUAGCCCCGAUGUGCUUAACUGCUCAUUAUUACUAAGGCUGUCAUAAUUAUCUUUGUAAAUGUUUGUAAUGAAAGAGACAAAGGAAAUAUAUAACACUUGUGGAUGUAGAAACACAACAACAGUGAAAUUGUGUGUGGACUCAUCAGUGUCUUACUCGUUUUUUUUUUUUUUUUUUGUUUGUUUGUUUGUUUGUUUGUUUUGUUUUGUUUUUUUAAAGACAAAAAAAGGCACCACAGGUCUGUACACACUGAAUUGUGGCUUGCUUCGUGUUGCUGUCAGUUAUCAUGCAUGAUGACUUUACUGGCCUGUGGUUCACACGUUUUUCUCCAUGUUUAGAGUCAUCAUAUUUGAUGGUUGUGAAGGUGUGCCUUAGGCCAACGUCUUGUACGUCACUGCUCACUGUCAGCAGGGACACGCACCAUGUAUUACCAGUCUGGGUGAACUCAGUUCACCCGAAGGGACGAGAGAAACAAUGUAAUUUAUGUUCACAUGCACCUGUUGAUUUUCUAAUGCAUCAUCAUGACAAACCUAAAUAAAACCUACAGUAUGUUUCUA